AUGGCAUCGCCGCUGGCGGUGGUGGACACACGGUUCUGCGUGCCGCGCACCCUGCCGCUGACCCUGACCAUGAGCCUCACGCUCGGCGGCGCCGUCACCGACGCCAGCGGCGCCGCCGUGCUGCGAGUGGACGCCCCUCUCUUCGGGUUCCUCCACCGCUUCGUCCUCGCCGGCGUCGCCGGCCGGCCCAUCCUCUCCAUCCAGAAGAAGGCAUUUAGGUGGGAAGCCUUCAGAGGGGACAGCCGGGACGCGAGGGACCUGCUCUUCACGGCCAGGAGAUCGCCGAUCUUCCAGGUGAGGACGCAGAUGGGUGUGUUCCUGGCGCCGAACACGGCGUGGCAGGGCGCCGCCUGCGGUUUCACGAUGAAGUGCAGCUACCUCGAUAGAUCAUGCGACGUUUAUCUUGGCAAAUCCAGCACCAAAAUCGCCCAGGUGCGCCGUCAGUUCUCUGCAGCAGGCGUACUGCUCGGAAAGGAGAAGUUCAGCGUCACCGUGUUCCCGAACGUCGACUACGUGUUCAUCGCGGCUCUUGUUGUGAUGCUAAGCGACAUUAUUCACACGGCUGAAACAGACAGACGACGAUAA